AUGGCACCAGCACCCAGCGAUUCCCGGCCCGUCGUCAUCUCCGGCCCUUCAGGCGUAGGGAAAGGCACGCUCUACAAACUUCUCCUCGAGCGCAACCCCUCGAUCUUCGCAACAAGCAUCUCUCACACAACACGGGAUCCGCGACCCGGUGAGCAGCGCGGCGUGGACUAUUACUAUGUCAGCAUGGAAGAAUUCGAACGGAUGAUCGGGGAGAAUGCAUUUGUGGAGCAUGCCAAAUUUGGGGAUAACCGAUAUGGGACCAGUAAGAAGAUGAUUGAGGACUUGACCGCUAGUGGACGGGUGGUGGUUUUGGACAUCGAGAUGGAGGGUGUAAAACAAAUCAAAAAUUCCCACAUCGAAGCCCGGUAUAUCUUCAUCGCACCCCCUUCGGUGGAAAUCCUAGAGCAGCGCCUCCGCGGCCGGGGAACCGAGAAAGAAGACAGCAUCCAGAAGCGCCUCGCGCAAGCACAGAAAGAGCUAGAGUAUUCCAAGACACCUGGUGUUCAUGAUGUUAUUAUUGUUAAUGAUGAGCUGGAGAAGGCAUAUCGGGAGUUAGAAGAUGUUAUAUUUAAUAAAAGGGCGUAG